AUGUCCUUGGACGGUCCGGUCUCGUUUGUGGAUAGACAGCUUUUUAAGUAUGUCACUCAACUGGAAGACCGGCGGGAUUUGGUCCCAGGACUCCACAAACUUGUCAGGUUCCUAUUACACUGCGGUUCCAAGCCAGACAAUUCUCGGGGGAUUUUGAGGAGCCUUUGUGAUCGAAUACUAUUUCAAGAGGAAGAAUACGCAUUGGCAACACAGCUUAUCAGUUCUGGUGGUCCCCUGAUUAUCGAUGCAUCAUAUUCGAUUUCAUUCACUGAAAAAAGAAACAUGAAGUACCUACUUUCACGAGACGAGGACUCUGUCUCAAUGCCAGAUAUCCAAAUGAUGAUCCUCCAGGAAUCGGAAAAGGACCUUGAAGACUUACUCGAAUCGGGCCGUAUCUUGCCCAGUACCAAGAUCGGCAGUUUUUCAAUACUUGAAUUUACAUUUGGAUGGUCCAAUGGAGUGAGGAUGUUGUUGGACGCUGGAGCAAAUGAGCAAAAUUCGACAUUCCCUCUUGAGCGUGUACUAGGAAACAUAAAGGACGCAGAUCCCGACCAUGAUGGGUACUAUCAUUCGGCGGAACAACUACUUGAACAUGGGUGGACACUAAGUGCUCGAGAUAUUGGAACCUGCAGAUCUACGACACUCAGAUCUCUCCUGAUCAAGGAAUUGGCUGGCCGCCGCAAAAGAUUGUGGGAGCUUGCCCAAUCUUACCUACCGCCCGAUAAACUCCCCAGGCUUCGAGAAGGUGAGCUUCUUGAUAUCGAUGCCGGUUACGUAUAUGCAGUUCUAGUUGAGACAGGGAGGAAACUCGACUCCUCAUUGCGACCGGUCAACCCCGGUGUCACUGUGUACCAUUAUCGUGACCUCCUUUCAGCUGAAACGAUGGAGGAACUCUACCAAGCCGGCUUUUAUGGUGUUGACCUACCAGGUAUACCUGGAGUAGCCCCACUUGGCUCCGCCGGAAUGACACCAAUAAUCGUUAUGAAUUCAUACUCCAGCAAGCGCUUUGUCAAAGCCCUGAAAUGGUUCAUUUCAAAAGGAGCCGAUGUUUCACGGAAGCUACCGGGGACAAAUGCGACGGUUGCCCAGCUGCUCAGCGAGCGUAUCACUAUAAAGCUUCUUUCAAAGCAGCAUGAAGAUACUUGGGACUACUGGCUGCAGACAUUUUUGCUUAACAAAAGAAAAUACUCCCUGGUUCCUUUCGUUAGAGACGCCUGUGCUUGCGCUUGCUGUCCUGGCGGAUGCACCACAUUAUCUGUCGCCCUCCGGGAGGUUUUCAGCAUUCUUCCUUCUAUAUACCCCGCUCCUUAUCCUGCAGAGAAGCUUCGACAGCUCCUGAAAAUUUUGAUCGAGUGGCACAGUAAUUAUCCAAAGGCCGACCAAGUCCUCAUCAGAUGUUUCACAUUUGAUGCAUUGAGUCUGACCCAUAUAUGCUGUACUGGAAUAUCCCCGAAUUUUCCACAUAGGUCAAAAUCGAAAGAUAAAAGCGAGAUCGACGAUAUCUUGGAGGAGGAAGAGGAGAGACUCAAAGACCUGGAAAGACUUGUAUCCGAGCUUGAGGCUAAGUUCGAGGAGCUUGGCCUGCCGGUGCUGGAAUUCCUGGAGGGCUACUGGCACAGUUACAUGAUCCAGUUUCUGUCAAAACUGGACCCCUAUAAUGAAGAACAUCACAAGGAGGUGAGGAAACUUGGCGUUGUUCUAGAGGUAGACGAAAGACCUGUUCCUUACAGGCUCUCUCUUGUUAUCGGCGCCCAGAUCAAAGAGGUGAUAAAUGAGGAGCUAGAUGGAAUCGAGUACUGGCGGCCCGGUAGAUCAUACCCGUACCAAGGUAAGGUGGUUGGAUGA